GUAUAGAUCCUAUAGUUCCUUAAAUAUUUAUAUUUUUAUUGCUGCCAAUUGAUUUUAUUAUGUGUUCCUCAUUGAUAUUGUUUGUCGUUUAAAUUAUUCAAAUGUCUAAAAAAACUGAAAUGUUGAAACACUUGAAAUUCACUAAUCGUUCCAAACAUCGUGCACUCCAUUUAAUUAAACUUAAGCAUAAUAGAUUUACCAUUGAUAUAAUAUGAAUAAUUUACGACGAAGUACAGGCAUGAUUCAAAAUUACUCAGUAUCAUGCCCAGAAAAACCAGACAAGCGAUAUUUAUUUCAAAUCAAAGUGUGUCGGCUGUCAAUAGUCACUUUACUUAGUGUAUUGGUUACCUUUAUAUUCUGUGUUUUAUGGACUAUACUUUUCAAAUUGGAAGAUGCUACAUCAACACAUUGUGGCUAUCGAGUUAAAAAUUACUUGCCAACAAUAUCAACUGCCGUGGGAAACUAUCCACUUCAACGAUUUCUUUGGACUUUAGUCAUAAUCGCUCAUAGUCCAAUAAGACUUAUUGUGGUUGGUAUAUAUUACCAAUAUUACACUAGUAUAAUUAAACCAUCAUUACAUUGGUGUGUGGUAUUAUUAAGAUUUUUAUCCACUGUUGAAAUAUUCUCAUUAGUUGUUUUAUCAAUAUUUACUUCAUCAGAUUAUUACAGUAUUCAUGAAAAAAGUUUUGUCACAUUUAUCUGUGCUUCUGAACUUAAUAUGGUUAUUUCUUCUAUCUUAUUGAAAAAAGGACGUAUUACCAAAACAGUUAUGACAAAACUAGAAGUGCGGUCAUUAAAAUAUAAAAUAUAUUUUACUGUAUUCAAUAUGACCAGUUUUGCAAUUGCUGGCUAUUGUUUUUUGCGACAUAAUGCUUACUGCGAAUCUGGUGUAUACACAUUUUUUGCUCUCUUUGAGUAUUUAGUUGUGUUGAGUAAUAUGACAUUCCAUCUUACAGCAGUUUGGGAUUUAGCAGGUGUAUCAUUAGUGCUGGAUGAUAAUUUAAACCUCACAUAUCGAUGACUGAAAUCUAAGUAUAUUUAAUAUAGCACUAUGAGAUACAAAUAUUAUAUUAAUUGUUUGAUUAUGUGCCUACUAAAAUGUGAUAUAGAUACCAAAUCAAAUUAUAGAAAUAAAAUUAAGAUAUGCUAAUUGUUUAACUUUUAUAUUAACGUGUAAGCUAUGGUUUAUUAGUUUGCAUACAUUAUUGGUAACUGGUGUAACACAAAAAAUGUUUAAAAUUAUUAUGGUUUAAAU